AUGUUUAUUCAAAAAGCUGAUAAAGCACAAGCAGAAACACCAAGUCCAGACAAAACGAUUUUCGAAAAAGCCUUCAAAGUUGGUUUUCAGGAUCCCACUAAUUAUGUACAAGAGCUAAGAGAGGCUGUGAUGAAAUGCUCCAAGGAAUCAGUUACACACUACAAUUACCUAGCUGCCAUACAAUUCUCUGGCUAUGGAAAAACAAGGAGCAUAUUGGAAUUUGCAAAGAACUGCCAUCAUGUAUAUAUUUGUUUUCAUAAGAAAGAUUUGAGUGGCUACCCAAAAGGAACUCCAAAGAAUGAAGAGAUGCUUGAAGAUCUUAAGAAAGGAAAGAUGGUAGAAGAGUGUCAUGUUAUUGCAAAAAAGUGGAUUCAUUCUAUAAUCACCACCUUUGAACAUAUGACCACAUCUAAAGACAAGAAUGAGGAAAGUUUCUGGGAAUCUGUCAUUCAAAGUACAAAGGAGCAUAAAGACAUCAAUGCAGCUCGUCAUUUAAUAAUCCUGUUUAUUGAUGAAGCAUCAGCUCUUUUAGAUACAACCAAUGAGAAGAGAAAUCUGAAAGAGAAAAAUAGAGCAUUCAGGGGGCUUUGUCGUGCUUUACAUGAUUUUAAUGACUCAGUCUUUGCUAUUCUUACUGAUACCAACUCUUUGGUGGCUAAUCUUGCACCUUCAAUUGAACAAGAUAUUUUGGCAAGGAAUUAUGAUCUUCGAGUUCACCUUCCAUUCAUUUAUAUUGCGUCAACUGAUUCUCUGGAGGGAAAUCCUGAACUUCCAUCAGAAAGUGAUAAUGGGCAUCAUAUUGUUCAUUUUGGUCGGCCUCUCUGGGCUUCUACCUGGCUUGGAUAUGGUAGUACCAAACUUCCUGAGACAAAGUUUGCAGAAAUAGUGACUCUUGCAAAGUUUAAGCUCCUUGGGGGCAUAGCAUCCCGAUGGGUUGACAUUAAAAAAAAUGAACAACUGGCCAGGUUGGCUGCACUUGCUGUCCUUGCCAGCAUUGCUGGUUUAUAUGUCUCCCCAAUCUCAAGUGUAGCGCCUAAUCUUGUUAAGUCCCACAUGGCCACACUAAUUGGCUUGGAUGAAAGUCACCAAAGGCACCUUAUUACAUAUCCGUCUGAGCCUUUGCUCUCAGAAGCUG